UUUCGUAUUGGGAAUUUGCAAAUACAACUCGCAUAUUCUCUCUCCCUUGCUCUCUUUUUAAAGCUUCGUCGCCGCCGUCGUGUCUGGUUGCUUCGAUUCGCCGGUAAGUAUUCCGAUCUCAGCAACAACGUUCCGGAAAAGAGCGUAAAUUUACCCUUAAAGUCUUCAAUUUCUAGGGGUUUCGCUUCUUCGCUGUCUCUAUCUGUCGUGUCUUAGAAUUUUUCAAGCUAUUCGAUAAAAAGGGAAAAAAAAUUGGGGAAAAAAAUUUCAAUUGAUUUUUAUAUAUUUUGAUUAGUUUUUACCAGAUCUGCUAUUGAGUUUUCAAAUAACUCGAUUUUUCAUCGAGCUAGGGUUUGUUGGGUUUGCUGAUUUUAUUUGUGAAAUUAGGGUUAGGGUUUAUAGGUGAAUUUAGGGUUUUCUUUGAUACAGACGUUUACAUGGCUGCUGGAAGACAUGGUGGUUACAGGGAUAAUGAAUUUAGGGGGCGUGAAGCUGAGUUUGAGGUUUCACGGAGGGAGCUUGGUUACUCCAAGGGGGAUUACGAAAGAAUUAGGUCUGAGGAUCGGGAUUUUGAUAGGGAUCGAGUUCAUGACAGGAGUGGUCGAGAUAGGGGUAGGUUGAGACAGAAGGAUGUAAAGGAAAGGGAUUUGACAAAUGGGAGUUUUAGGUCCAUGUCAAGCAGGAGUGAUUCUGGUAGUAGUGAUGGUGAUGGUGGUGGAAUGAGGAGAAGUGGGCUUAGUGUCAGGGCUGUUGACCGAGAGCCUGGGGAAUUGUCUAGCGAGAGUGGGUCUGAUGGGGCUAUUGAGUCAGACCAGAGGACCAAGAAUGCCGCCAAUGGGAAUCAGUCUUCUGUACAGAGCAAGAAACGAAAAUUCUCUCCAAUUAUAUGGGAUAGGGAAGAUAAGGAAGUGAAUAGAAUGUCAAAGAGUAGAAAUUCACCAGCAGCUGCUAAGCUACCUCCUCCGCCUCCAUUGCCAAAGUCAUCUGGCCAGUUGGCUAAUUUCCCCCCUGAAAGGGUUGAGCAGGUCUCUCUGUUGAACACUAAUAAUGUUCACAGUAUGGAGCCAUCCCCAAGUAAUACAAAUACAGCACUUGGUUUACUUAUGGAUGCAUCUCAUGAAUCUCCAGUUGACAUAUGUUCUCCACCUGUUGAUGAGGAGCAAUUGCCCAGUCAGGAAACCAGGAAAGUAGAAGAUGAGGAAUAUGUGCCCGUGCCGACUAUAAGAUCAUCUCGAUGGGCAACUGAUGCUGACUCUCCAGCUGAUGAAGGUGAGAUUUCAGGUGAUGAUACGCCCCUAUUGAAAAAGCGACGAGCAGUUUCCCAGUCAGCUGAAAUGGGUGGACGCAGGAAAUCACUAACUCCUGAAUAUGAGGAGCUCAAGAGAGAAAGCUCCGGAGGAAAUAGAACGAGGUCUUCAGACUCUGAUGAACAUAUUAGGUCUUGCAGCAGAGAGAGUUACCAGGGCAAUGAAUUAGAUAAGAAUGACUCGAUGGAUGUGGAUAAGGACCGCAAUUAUGAUGGGACUAGUGUUAGCUCAGAUACAGAAUCUGAAGAUGAACAUGAUUCUCGUGGUACACCGGAGGCUGUGCUUCCUCCACAAAGGAGCGUAAACAUGCUGCAGGGGUGUAGAAGCGUCGAUGAAUUUGAGCGGCUUAACAGGAUAGAUGAAGGCACUUAUGGGGUUGUUUACAGAGCUAAAGAUAAGAAGACAGGAGAAAUUGUUGCACUAAAGAAGGUUAAGAUGGAGAAGGAACGAGAAGGAUUUCCCCUGACAUCUCUCAGGGAGAUUAACAUUCUUCUUUCUCUUCAUCACCCCUCAAUUGUAGAUGUCAAAGAAGUAGUUGUAAGAAGCAGUCUUGACAGUAUUUUUAUGGUGAUGGAGUACAUGGAACAUGAUCUGAAGGCAUUAAUGGAGACAAUGAAAAAACCAUUUACCCAAAGUGAAGUCAAAUGUCUUAUGCUCCAGCUUUUGCAUGGUGUCAAGUAUCUUCAUGAUAAUUGGGUCCUUCACCGAGAUUUGAAGACUUCAAAUUUGCUUCUAAACAACCAAGGUGAGUUGAAGAUUUGUGACUUUGGUUUAGCUCGUCAAUAUGGGAGCCCCUUGAAACCAUACACUCAUUUGGUGGUUACUUUGUGGUACAGGGCGCCAGAACUUCUGUUGGGAGCCAAGCAAUAUUCUACUGCAAUUGACAUGUGGUCACUUGGUUGUAUCAUGGCCGAGAUGCUAUGCAAAGAACCACUCUUCAAUGGGAAAUCAGAAGUUGAUCAAAUUGACAAGAUAUUCAGAAUUCUUGGCACCCCUAAUGAGACGAUUUGGCCAGGGUUUUCCAAGCUUCCUGGGGUGAAGGUCAACUUUGUAAAGCAUCAGUUUAAUAAUUUAAGAAAUAAAUUUCAAAGCCCUACAACAUCCUUCAUGGGAAAACCAGAUCUAUCAGAGUCUGGCCUUGACCUGUUGAAUAAGCUUCUGACUUAUGAUCCUGCAAAGAGACUAUCUGCCGAUGCUGCGUUGAACCAUGAGUGGUUUCGUGAAGUUCCUCUCCCCAAGUCUAAAGAAUUCAUGCCUACUUUCCCUGCACAGCAUGCACAAGAUAGGCGCGUGCGAAGAGUAAUGAAGAGUCCAGAUCCUCUUGAGGAGCAGCGAAGAAAGGAACUGAAGCAAGGGGUGUUGGGAACUGGUGGAUUGUUUGGCUAAGAUAAGUGAAUAGUGCUCAGUAACUGUUUGAGUUUUGCUUUCUCUUAUACUCAUGGGUUGAUGUGGUUGAGGUUAGAGCCAUGCACUUAAAGGAAGUUGCAAAAAUUGUUUGCUAGACGAUCAGUUCAGCUGUUUUUUAGCAGGCUUAUCUGACAAUUAGAUCAAGAAACAAUUCUUUUGGCUAUGCGUUAUCAGAUCUGUUGCAGGUUGACCUACUGGGCUCUGGUGCCUUGUCAAAAUCUCUGGGACUGCUUGCAUGGCAGGGGUGGCAUAGUGAGCUUACCUGUUAAGGAACAGUUUCAAUUGAAACUCGUGUAUGUAGCAUAUUUCCCAUUGGCAGUGUAAACAAUGAUCUUGAAAUUGAUUUUGUUAAACAUAUGGAUUGGUUUCGUACUUCUAGUAUGUCGAUUUUAAUUUUCAUAUUCUGUUUGCAAGAGAUGGUGGUGUAAAGCUGAUGGGGAAUUCUUAGCUUUUUCAUUGAUGAAGAAUUUCAAUGAAACUAUUGCACAUAAGAAGGUAAUUAUUGGACCUGAAUACAUGGAUAGUAAUCAAGGAUGACAUAUAUGCUUUCCCGUCAACAUCGAAUGUUUUACUGCUCUCCAUGUUCACAGCUUUGACUUUUCAUUAUUGUUUACUUCCAUACUUUUCGUCUGGCCCUUUCCAUCUUCUUGGGCAGGUUGCACAUCAUUGUCUGGAUCACAAGGGAUUAGGACGCAUAAAUAUCACAUGUUCCAUUGUUUUUUGGGACAAACCUUAGUAGUGAAUGACUACAUAUUCCUGUACAUGUCUUAGUGAUGUCAUUCAAAUGUGAUGUGAAGUCAUGAUGACGUUUUCAAAAUCAUUUAAAGGUUAUAUUGUGAUAUUAUGAACAAGCUGCACGAUUAAUUUUUUUCUGUAGGAUUUGUUUCAGAAUCAUUGCAUGUUUUAGGGACCAACUAUAGUUACCUCUCUUAUCUACAUGGGGUUCUGAAGUUACUGACUGCUAGGUGGAAUGCUGAUAAUGGAAGUUAACCAUGGAUGACAUUAUUAUCUUAAGAUUUUGGUUUAAGUUGUUUCUUUCAAAGAUUAUUUCAAAAUGCUGGACUUAGGUUGAAAGACCAACCAUUUUCUUUGGUUGAAAGCAUCACCCGGUUUCUAAUUAACAAAGUUUUGCCAAGCAAGAUGAAACAAGACCUGAUCUUGAAAGUACUAUUGACUUAGUUACUUGAAAAAAAUAUAUUUUUUCCGUUUGGAAGGAAAUGUUGAUUCGUUUUUCUUGCUGUGACACUAUCUAAAUUGCAAGUAGUUCAUUCCUUGAUGCAUUUGGUUACCCUUGUUUUCCUUUAGCAUGAUUCCAUAUAUAGGUAGUGCCUUGGAGGUUGCUUCCAUUUUUUGUUUCUGACUUUUGUAUUACGGUUUAUUCUAUCUCAUUUGUUGAGAACAUGGAUACCCAUGUUCCUUUUGGCUUGCAUGCCAAACAACGGGUCUACAUUUUUUGGUUUCUUUUUGUAUUUUAUGUUAGGAAAUUUUCAGUUUUUGAUGUAGAAUUAAAAUCUAUAAAUGUCACUGCAGUAUCAAGGAAAGCAGGUUGAGGAGCUUAUCUACAACCUGGCAUACAUAGAAUUUCAAAUUUAUUUUCCGUACUUCAGAUACUCGUAUUCUCUGCCCAAGCCAGUAAAGGUACUUUACUGCCUCAUCUGCUAAAGAUGUACAAAUGUUAAGUUUUGAUAUCUUGUGCAUUCUUUUUUAGAUGGGGGUUUCUUAUUUGAGCCUAUAAUGGAUCUGUCCUCAUUGAUUUUUGAUACUUUCUUUCAAAUCUUCUGUAUUGUGGAAAGAUGACAUUGUUUUGCUGUUACCAUCCCUUGUAUACAUUCUUUAAGAGGCAAACUGGGUAUUUCUUGGUUUGUUGCAAGUGGGAUUUUUGUAAGUUGAUUACUGGAAGGAGCUAGUGUUAUAUCUCCACCCCUGUUGUUGAUUAGUUUUUAUUUGUGUUCUGGUGGCAUCAUAAGGGACUUCAAUAACCCUACUUGGUUUGUAAUCCAAACUGCGAAGCUGUCAUUCUUUGAAUUGUUUCUCUGCAAAAGACAUGUAUAAACUCUUGGCCUUGAAUCCUUGCAACUGGGAGAAGUCUUGACAUUUUCAUUUGUUCAAUUUUAACAACUUGCAUUGAGUCUUGAAAUUUCACUUUGCGACUUGUGUUUUUUGUAAUGAUAUUUAUUUUGGAUGGAGGGGGUGGAUUACUAGUGGUGAAGACCCUGGUUGUGCUUCUCAACUUUUUUUUUUAACCAUAACCCCGACCCACUCCCUCAACUUGUUUCAGACCAGAAAGAGCAGGUGAGCCUGGGUGCAAAUGCCUGCCAGAAGGGGCUGGAAAUAGACGAGUAAAGGCUUGUAUAACCACGUAUGCUCAUGUUUUUUCCUAAGAAUUUUCUUGUGGGGUUUGAGGCAGGAACAUUAGAUUCAUAAGCCCGGAAGCUCAUCUACUAGCAGGGAAAAGUGGGUGGACGGACAUGUUUCAAGUGUAAUCAGUCCAGACUAGGGAGAAAUUGAUACAAGUUUUAUAGCUACUUGAAGUUAGUCUGUUAUUCUGGAAUGUUUUAAGGGCUAUGAAAUGGGAGAUGGAUGUUCCACAGUGGUGCUUGAAAGACGUCCAAAUGUUGCAGAAGGAUGGUUAAAUAAAUAUAGCAGUUAAAAUAUUUUACUGGGUACUGUUACACUUGGUCUUUGAUAGUCAUCUCUACUUGAUUUUGUGGAGGUCCUUCCUUGCAUGUUUUGGUCACCGUGUCUGCAGAACUUCUCAAUCAGAGAAGGAGAAAGGAAAGCUUUAGAGAGGCAAGAUGAAUGUGGCUGAUAGCACACACUCCUUGAAGAGGAAAAAUCGUAUGCUACUUAUUAUAAGCCGACUUGAUUCUCUUUUUGAAUAUGCUUGUAACUAAAUCACCUUCAUAUUUCAUCAAUAUCUAAUGUCA